GUUCGGUAGUGUUCGAAAGCAGAACUCGACAAUAUUUUUUGUUUACAUUGGCGACGGCAAGUGAAAUUUUGAUUUCGUCUAUCCGAAAGUCUGCUGUUGACAUAAUGUAUGCCUCUCCUCGUCAUAAACGAUCGUGUAAUUUUCUUGAGAGGCACAGAACUUACGAUCAAUUGGAAACAACUUCAAAAACGCAUAUGGAAAGGUGCUGUGGCCGAGUACACCUGCACCUUAACCUAGGAAGUAGAUAUAUAACCUGAAGGCCCUUAUGUAUUCCACCAAAUGAAAGACUGCAAUUCCAUUUCAGCUCAGUAUUCCAAUAAAGCUGAUUGGUCAACACUACAGAACCUUAUGCAGGAGCCCUGGAUUCGAUUCUCAGAACUGUCAGAGAUUUUUCCUUGGUGAGAGGAAUGAAGCUGGAGUAAACUCAGCCUCGUGAUGCCAAUUGAGUAGCCACCGUAUUGAGAGGUAGCGGCUCCCUGGGCGAAAGUCGAUAACAGUUCGGAGUGUGGUAUGCUGACCCCAUGCCGAUCCCUACCGCAUCCAAUGAUGAAUAACUGAGGAUGACAUGGCAGUUGGAAUGUAUUCACCUGAAGUUGGAAGAAAGUUCGUCAAAUCUUGUGGUGUAGGGAAUUUGACCAGAUCAUUACACAUGCCAGAGACAAGACUUUAUGCUUGUGAUGAUGGAAGUACACCAGACAUGCUCUCGUGUAUAGCCUCAAGUGAGAGACCUUUCAGCCAGAAAUUCACUUGUGAUCAGUGUGAGUACCUCAGUGGUGGCGCUGUGGUGCAUGACUUUUCCGGGCAGUUGCUGGCGGGCUGUCCUCGUUGUGGCCGCCAGUAUCCUAGCAAACGGUCACUCGUCAGGCAUGUUCGUUAUGUGUGUGGAAAGGAACCGCAGCUUCAGUGUCCGUACUGUCCCCACAGGAGCAAGUUUGCCAGUAACCUCAACCAACACAUACUGGCAAUCCAUCCUGGAAGAUCGCUCACUCAGUGGAAAUUUCCACGCAGCAAGCCUGUCCAUUUUAUGCUGUGAACUCUGGCUUACAGCUUUCAAUGUAAAUUUUUAUGUGUGACUGCCAUUGUUAUUGAAAAUGCAGAUGAUUAUUAAGCUAAUUGGUAUACUAGUUUAUAUUGAAAUGCUUUCUGCUACUAAUUGUAAAAUAAAACAAAGAAGCCUCCAUGGUUGAAUGUUCAGGCUAUUUUGGAAAUGAACUGCUAUUUUGUUGUUCUGUAAUGUAUCAACCAUCUUUUGUCCCUACAUUUUUGUUUGUUAGCAUUCAUGUAUCCUCUUCCAAAGUAAAUAUUACUCGGAGUAAUGCUGCAAG